AUAAUUGUUUACUCGUGAUUGAUAAUACAAUAAUUUCUUUAAAAAAUUGAUUAAUGUCAUAAUCAAAAUUUUCUAUGUUAAUUGGUAUUGUGAAAACGCAACAUUAAGGUGUGGCAGGUAUUGAAACACAAGUGACAUCAACUUUAGUGGGAACAAUAUUUUGUGAGAAUUGAUUAUUUUCAAUAAUAUUUUUAAAUAUAUAAAGAAUAUUGAGAAAAAAAAGAUAACAAAAAUGACGGUCGACAAACAAGAUUAUCCAAAAGCAUCAAAUGCUGUAGUUUUUGGAGGAAUUAUAACAUAUAUUGCUGGAUUACUUUUGUUGAUGUCUUUUACAAGUCCUUAUUGGAUUGAAUCGUAUCAUGACACCUUUAGUACCUUCAAACAUAUGGGUCUUUGGGAGUAUUGUUUUGAUCAAUUUCGCUAUCCGUAUUAUCAGUUUGAUAAAUUGUUCGAUGGAUGUCACCAUGUUUUUUCACAAGAAUACUUUGUCAUAAGAGAAUGGUUAUUACCAGUUUGGCUUAUGGUCGUACAAGCAUUUGUAACACUAUCUUUAAUAUUAUCAUUUGCUUCUCAAGCAAUUAUUGUAUUAAUUUUAAUAAGAUGGCCUUUGAGAUUUGUAUUGCACUAUGAAUGGAUUUUAUCUGCUGCAGCAUUUAUAUUCAACGCUACAACUGGUGCCUUAUUAUUUUUGGCAGUCGCAAUAUUUGGAGGUCAGUGUUGGCGCAGGGAUUGGUUAAUGUAUCCAAAUUUCAAUCACUUAUCAUGGUCUUAUGGUCUCGCUGUUAUAUCUUUUAUGUUACAUUCGUUAGCUGCAUUUUUAUUAUAUUUAAAUGCACGAGCAGGUUAUACAUAUCGUAAAGAAUCACGAAAUCUUGUGAUGCAAAUGCAACCUAAUCCACAAAGUCAUCAUGCACCACCAAGAAGUGGAUACAUAUAAUCAGAAGUAACGAACAAAACAUAUAUAUAUAUAUAUAUAUAGAAUCUUUUAUAGUUUAUAUAACAUGAAACAAAGAUACAAUUGUAUUUCAUUCAAUAUGAUAAGAAGAGGUGUUCAAAAUGCGAUAUAGUACAAUAUCGUUCCGUCCAAGUUAAGUAGGGAGACUGAUAAUAUUUUGUUUGUUUAAAUUUAUAUAUAUAUAUAUAUAUAUAUAUAUUAAAUUUAACUUCAAAA